GCGCUGUUCGGGUUGACUCAUUGCGGCCUACACAUGCUUUCCACCGCAAGUGCUUCCGCGAUGGAAGAAGCCUGAACCAGUUGGUGGAGGAGCUCCUGAGCGGCAAGUGGCCCGUUCUGGAUACGAGCUUCCUCCGACUGCGAUGCUCGAGACAUGGUCGGAGGAUUUAUUGCAAAGAUGUCCGCCGUCUCUGGUGCCUGAAGGCUUUUCAAGAUCAGGUGCGGAACGAGCAAACCGUGUACGUCCGCGUGAGGUCGGAUCCA